AUGGCUGAUUCAACUGCUCCGUUGAAUGGUGACCGGGCGACAGACUCGCCAUCCAAACAACCCGCAUCCUUUUCAUGCACGGUCUGUCACAACCGGAAGGUCAAAUGCGAUAGGCAAGAUCCCUGCUCAAAUUGCUCAAAGGUGGGUGUCGAGUGUAUCUACCGUGCUCCACCACCACGUCGUCGCAAAAGGGACAAAGAGACCACCGGGACUGAGUCUCAGGGACGUGAGAAGUCCCUCAAACGGAGUCCGGAAGUCGCAAAGGCUGCCUCGACCACUCACAAUCUACCUGCUGGGAAAAAUCGCCGAACGAAACCAUUAGAAAAUGGAUCUGGGAGGAUGAUCCUGAAGGAUGGAAAAUCCAUAUACCUCGACAACGGUCUUUGGACGAGUGUCAGCGACGAGCUCCCAAAUGCAGCUGAUGUACUGGGCAAUGUAUCAGAUAGUGGUACCGAUGACCUAGCCCAGGACAUGGAUGACGAGUAUACGGUACUCUCAAGCUCUGCAACUAGAUAUGCUCUCACAGAACUUCAUCCAGAUCCCAUACAUAUCUUCAAACUGUGGCAGACAUUCCUCGAGAAUGUGAACCCACUUACCAAAAUCAUACAUGCCCCAACUGUGCAACAGCAAAUUUUGGAAGCUAUGAGUGAUCUGUCCAAAGUAAGCCGAGAACUCGAAGUUUUGAUGUUCGCUAUAUACUGCAUGGCACUGGUUUCUAUGGAGGCAGAAGAUGUCGAAACAUCAUUUGGGGAAAUCAAGGAAACUUUGCUAUCAAAGUACAAACGAGGAGCCCAACUCGGCUUCAAGAACGCAGCGCUACUUCGUACAUCCAGCUCAACGGUUCUUCAGGCAUUCAUGCUGUAUUUGCUUUGCAUGCGCACUUUCUCUGACCCACAUACUAUUUGGACAUUAUGUGGAAUUGCAGUUCGGGUUGCGCAACGAAUUGGGAUCCACCGCGAUGGAUCUGCACAUGGACUUUCAGUAUUCGAGACUGAGAUGCGCCGUCGCAUCUGGCUCCAGCUUAUUCUCAUAGAUGCCACAUCUGCACAAUUCUGCGGUGUGGCAUCAACACCCCUUCCAGCCACAAUUGACGUUCAAGCACCAAAGAACGCAAAUGACAGCGACCUUGACCCUCGCAUGACCGUGGCUCACGAUAAGCCAGGGCCGACAGAGAUGAUUUUUGUUCUAACUCGGAGUGCGCUUGGCAAAUGGCUUCAUCGACUGUCAAAUCAAAGCGAGAGUCCUAACACCAGUCCGUGGGCUUUUUUGUCGUCGUCCUCGAUGUCUCUAAGGGACAAGGAUGAGGCCAUUGAUGAACUUGAAAGACACCUGGAAGGUGACUUUCUGUGCCACUGUGACAAAUCCAUUCCGCUACAUAUAGCAACAACAAUUAUGGCCCGUUCAGCUAUAUACUACACCCGGCUGAUGGCACACCACCCUCGACAAUACCAGUGUCCCAAUAAACGCAUCUCUGAAGCAGAGAAAGACAUCAUAUUCGAGUAUUCUCUCAAGAUGACGGAGUACACUGACUAUGCGCAGAACUGUUUAGUAGUACGGAAAUUCUCGUGGCACAUGAUUAAUCACAUGCCGUGGGACGCCAUAAUCUUCAUGCUAUCAGAAUUGCGGCAUCGGACCGACCCGGAAGAGAAGGAAAAAGUCUGGCAGUUGAUUGGAAAUGUCUACUCUAGGCAUCUCCAAGGGUUAGGCAAGAAAGGCCUCGGACUCCUCCACAAGGCCAUUCAAAGCCUGAUGAUUAAAGCCUGGCGGGCAUACAUUGAAGAGUGUAAUCUCAACCACCGCACACCAACGCCUUGUCCAACCAUUGUUGCAUCCUUGUUAGCCAACGCACCAAGCAGCUCAUGUCCCCAACCAGGAAGGCAGGGCCAGGUCGCCGAGAGUGGUGCCGAGUCACAAGGUCAACCCAGCCACGACCUUUCGGUUUCACAAUUUGUACCGGAGGCUGAGAACUUUGAUUUUCUAUUUGGCGAUAGCCCGCAGGAUUGGUCUGGAUGGGAUAAUCUUCUCAGCCAAUUUCAAGGAUCUUUAACAGAUGAUACAACGUAUGGGCUGUCGUGA